GGCUACAGGUGGGAGGGUCCCUGCUGAGUGGGCCCAAUAUGGAGCUGAGAUUUAAUCCUAAAUUCUUAGAACAUACCCUCAAUCACACCUGAAGUGAGCUACAGAUGAAAUGGAGCCAUCUCCACGUUCCCUGACCUCCUAUACCCUGGGUCCCCUUGACCAGAAGUACAGCUGGGAGCAGCUUUGGCAGCUGGAACAACACUUCAAGAUGGAACCCUACCCAGACCUCCAGGCUCGAAAGAUCAUGGCCACCAGACUCAAACUGAAAGAGGAACAAGUUGAGGCUUGGUUCAUCGAGAGAUCCUUGGAGCAGGAGAUGCGCCCUCCUUUGGCCAGGCUGCAGCCUUCUGCCCGGGAUGAUACCUCUUCUCCUUCCCACAAAGCCCUUUGUUGCCACCAACCUAGCUGGAAGUACAGGCUUCUUCCCAUCAAUCCCCCUGAGUGCUCAACCAGCUGUAAGCACAGUUGCUGAUCCUACUUCCCCAUGGAGCCACUCCUACAUGGAGCACAAAACUGUUUCCCCCAGCUCCCCCUCCCUUUCAGACUCCUGGCUGCACCAAACUCAUCAAAUGGUGGAUGCACUCCAGAACCCUCCGGGUCAAUGUUUGAAUACCUGGGUGCCAGGACAGAUGGCAUUGGACAGAAAUGGUGUGGCCAAGGUUGAGUCUCCAACUAGGGCCUGCACCAUGUCCUGCAGGGCCACACCCCACAGGUGUGGAUCCAUUCUUGUAACAGCCUCCCCUCAAAGGUGGCCUAUACUUCAGGCUAGCUAUCAACUCAAUAUAAUGUAGCCCAGUAUCACACUGACUUCUUGCCUCCUUUACCCAAGGCAUGAUUACAGACUAACAUAUACUGACAGAACAACCAUUUCCCAAGAGACUAACUGGUUAACACU